AUCGAUAAUUGAUAGUAUAAAAACAUUUUUAUAUCAAUUUUGACAUCAACCGUGCAGUGAUUUUUUAGUGUAUCGUCAAAUGUGUGUACAAAUUUAAUAAUUUAUAUCUGACCAUUAUUACUAUAUCCUCUUACAAUGAACGCCUUCGCCGAUAGCAAUAACCACUUAGCAUCCUACGGUUUCAAAAUGUCACCAGUCGGUCACGAUGGCUUAAGCCCCGAACCAACUUUAGGACAAACUGGUACCCAAUAUGGACACCACCAUUUCCCGAACCAAACCCACCAUACGCACCAGCAACAACAUUAUAACCCUGCCAACUCUACUGGUGUUGGCAGCCCAGCGUACUCAGCUAGAGAUUUUUUGUUGAGGAGAGAAGACGCCUUUGCUAGUCACCAGAUUUCGAACCAGGAACCAGGAUUGUUUUCUCAGUUGCACCAUGAAGCACCGGCGUAUAUGCACCAUGCUGGUUACCAUCAUCCGCAUCAUAUAAAUCAAUAUCCUUACCAUAAUGGACAGUCUGCCAUUUCGGGAUCGUCGUAUCAUGGGGCAUUUUAUAGGUAUACACGCCAAAAUCACGUAAGCGACGGCUUGCCCACCUCUGCAUCUCCCAGCACCAUGGGAAUGCGCGGAGAGCUCUUGCGCUGUCUCUGGAUAGAUUCCGAAGCCAUCGACGCGCCGACCCUGUCCACCCUCGACCCGGACCGAUCCGGCACCGCCGUUUGCGGAAAAACUUUCCGGUCCAUGCACGAUAUCGUUUCCCAUUUGACGGUAGAACAUGUCGGAGGUCCAGAACGGGCAGAUCAUUCUUGUCGAUGGGCUGGUUGUUCCAGAUCCGGCAGAGCUUUCAAAGCGAAGUACAAGCUGGUGAACCACAUCAGGGUGCACACUGGCGAAAAACCGUCGUGCCCGUUUCCUGCUUGAAAAGUUUUUGCAAGGAGUGAAAACUUGAAAAUGAAAAUACAUAAGAGGACACAUACAGGUCAGUGGUAG